AUCUUUGAGCAAUGUCAAUAUUUGUUAUUGCUAUUUGGACCUAAAUUAUUUCGCUACGCAAACCAACUGUACUUUUCUUCAUAUCUCGGGCCCUGCGAUGUCUGUGUGCAUUGUUAUGGUCAGUCUAUUUGCUUGUUAGCUGAAGGAGAAGAGGUGGAUAAAUAAUUGUGAGGAAAUGAUGUAUGAUCGAGAUUUAUAUAAAACAAAGUUGUGUAAUCUGUACGAGAGGAGGGGUCAUUGUCCUCGACAAACUUGUUCAUUUGCACACGGACAUGCCGAACUAAGGAAUGCCAAUGGUAGACACCAAUAUCGGGGUGGAGAUCUAAGGGACAAACUAGAUAGAAGGCCCUCUCCUGGUAGAAGGUCCUCUCCAAGAAAGGAUACUAGGGGUCAGCAAGCAUACGCUGAUCAGAGAUAUGUACCUCAUGAAAGAGGGCAUAGUCGACAAACAUCAACGCCUAGAGGCAGAGAGAGGAAGAGAAAGAGGAAGAGAAUAGAUGGACCUUCUAGUGAUGUUUCAGAUGACAUCAAAAACUCAGGUAGUGACAGUGAUGGUGACCAUAUGCAAGAAGUUGAGUCUCCACAUGCUAGUCCAAGAGAUGCAUUUCAAGAACAGCUAUGGCAUGUCCAAUCUGAUAUCAGUGCGCACAAUGUUAAGAAAAAUGAACUAGAGGUUUGUCUCAUGGAGAAGACUCAUGAAGUGAAUAGGAUAACAGCUAGAAAUACCCAGCUGCAAAUCACUCUAUAUAACGAUCAAGAGCAGCACAAGAGGCUUGGAUCGAAAAUUAAAAAGUUCAUCAAAGUGCAUCUUCGCUUUGUUCAGGCAAAGGAGAGUGUAAAAAAAACACAAGCACGGUUACAGAAAUUAGUAGAUGAGUUUCCUCUAGUGGAAACUUCAAUACCUGUCAAUCAUGGGGAAGAAUCUGAUGUCAAUGUUGUAAGUGAUGGGGAGCCUAAUCAUGCAAUUCACAUGGAGUUAGAAUCUGAUAGAAAUCAUGCACCUACAGGUAUUGAGAAAGAAGAUAUUGAUGUGGAAGUAAUUAGUAGAGCUGACAAUGAAUCUUUACAGAGGAGGGCUUCUUCGUCCCAUGACAGGAGCAGGUCAGCAAAGCUUUCUCAACAACAUGAUAUAAGCCAUGCUAAGGAAAUAACUCAUACGCUACAAGUAUUAGAUGUUAAAGAGGGAAUUUUAACAGCAAAUAAAUUUGUGGAUGAGCCCAGCAGAGGAAAGAGUGUUAGUGACAGUUCUCUCUCCCCUAUUAGUGUACCAGUAGAGAAGUUAAAAGUGUGGGAUUCGGGGCUCAGUCUACCCUCUACUGGCAAGGCCACUCACGCUGAUGGUGAAAAUGUUGAAACUACUGAUGUUCGUGAUAAAGAAGAGAAAGCUGAUGCAUCAAACUCUCAACAAGGAAAAGCGAGCAUUCCUGGAAGUUUGCCUGGCAUUGGAGAAACACUCAACGCUGGGAAGACAUUUCUAAGAAAUAUGCCUACUCUCAUAAGUAUAUCUGACAGUCGUUAUAAUGAGUAUAUAGGGGAGGAUGAAGAGGUUGAUGUUGAAGCCUUUAAUCAUGCAGUAUGAAGAAAUAUUUAAAAUGAUAUUUUUGAGUAUAUGAAUAUAUGAUAAUGGCGUAGUGCAAAUUCUUAAUUAAUUUUAUUGAUGUGUGAGGGGACAAUAUGUCCAUAUAGCGAAUCAUGACAUGUGCAAUUGUACACAUUUCAUUUUAGUUGCAUAAUUAUAUUUUUUAGUUUAAUAAUUUAAAUAUAAUAUUAUUUA